AAUUUCGAUGAAUUUAUUUUUAUUAGGAACCUCGAGCUCAAGUUGUGCCAGAAUUUUUCAAAUUUGUCAGCAUGCUUUUCAGUUUGCAUGUUUCGAAACGUCAGAUCAUUUCGUACGAUACGGAGGAGUGCUGGUCACUGGAGAAAGGAGCAUGAGAAAUGAGCGUAAUAAUUUUUCACCGAUACGAAAAAGUUCGUUGCUUUUUAAGUUGGUGACGCUCACAAAUGUAGGACAGUUCGCACGAGGGAAAAACGUUGGUGCGAGGCUAAGCCCGCGGAAAAGGGUCGAACGGCGACACGAACGAUGAAAAAGCCAGAUAUUUACGAUUGCAUGCGAUCGAGGAAACGAUGCCGACACAAAUUUGCGGCGAAUGUGUGCAAGAUCUUGAGAUUUCGUAAGUCGAACACGCGGUAUGUGCUGAACUCGCGAACGCGCCGCUCGCUGUGCUGGUCAUUCAACGAGUUUUCUUGCAACCUGCACAGUACGACCGGUUUUCACAUCGUACAGAGCGAAUCUAAAGACGGAAAAACUACGGAGACUUGGGCCGAUAAGGUUCAUCGGAAAAUCUACGACUCAUGUUUUUGGAUAAUCUUUCGAUUAGAAAUAAUCGAAUUGACGCGUCAUAAUUAUUUUACAUCUAAUGCGCAACGAACGAGUUCGAAGUCGAACUCCUCGAUUUACAUUCACAACGGUUUCCACUUACGAACGUGCAUUAUUUUAAGAAGCGUUCAUUCGUUGUAUGGAAAGUGUCGGAGCACUCAAGAAGCCUUAUUUUCGGCGUGUCGAUGCAAUUAUAGUACCGCGUUAAAAAAUCAUAAGCUGACAAGGAUAAGAGAAACUGAUGGGAAAGGAAUUUCCUCGUAUUUUCGUCACGAUAACUCCGUCGAUAGUCGUGAUCCGGAGAUGAGUGCUGGUAGCUGAGCAGCACGAGCGAUCGCGAACCUGCGAACGAACUCGAGGACGGUUCGAUUUAAUAUUUUCCGUUUUACACCGCGAAAUAAAGAUUCCGAGUGUGCAUCGAUGGAGAACUGAGAACACGAAGGGGAGGAAUUGUGAAGAAAAGUGAAAGAAAAAUAAAAGGAACGAGUAACGUCGCAUGUGCUCGGUCUGCAUCGAAAAACAUAUGGACAAAUGCCCCCCCCCCCCCCCCCCCGGGAGCACACGGACGUACUAAAACCGCGUCAAAACGAUUCAACGUCGUUGUCUCUGUGCCUGCUCACAUCGUGAAUAUCCUCGACACUAACUAAGCUCUCCCUCUUUCUCUUUUCCCUCCCAGUAAAAGUUACACGUACAUAUAUGCAUAUGUGAAAACGUAAAAGUAUAUAGAGACCGAGAGUCUUUCGUAAGCGGGCUUCGCCAAGCGAUAUCUCGCUCUUGCGACGUCGUCGGUCUCCUUCGAGCACUAAACCGCUCUCGCGGACCUUAGACCGAUCAGUCGAAUAAAUCGUAUCAGCAGUGGCGAGCCGGACGUCGGGCUGGUCCAACUUUGUUUUCUUUGCACCUCGCAGUCCUCGAGUUUUUGUUUAUCUCCGUUAGUGAGCCUCCUGACACAAAGCAGUGCGUAUUUUUCACCGAUCCAUCGUCUUCGUAGUACGUGGAUCAAUUUCAAUGCUAAAAGGAAACGAUGCCCAAAAUUUGGUAGCGUGGAUGAAUAUGACGCUCGCGGAAGCAACCGAAUCGAAAUUUAUUUAACGAAAAAACGUACCGGUGGUCGACGGUUAUUCGAGUCACACGCCGUUCCGGGAUGAUCAAUGAACAGCGUUGAACUUUGGUUGUCACAAAAAGUACAUUAGGUCCAUACAAAGUCUACGUGAACAAAGACUCGGGAGAACUCUCGACACACCUCGUAACAUUUUUUCAAGUCUCACGUCACUCACGAAACUCGUGCGUCACGAAUUUCGGUUUUUUUCACUGCUCAAUCAAAGGUCGCGUGUGCAUUGGUGCUUUCAGAGCCUCGGCGUCUUCGGUCGUCCUGUGAAACGAUGGUAAAUCGUUUAAAGUGGUGACAAAUUCAAAUGGGAAGCGUCGGAACAGAAGGGGGAG